AUGACGAAAUCCGACGACGAUGGAAGAGCAGUAAAACAGUUGCUUAAGGACCUGGUCCCAUCCCCGACCCUGUUGCUGACCUACCCCAUGUUCAUGGCCAAUGCUCGGCUCCUGGUCUAUAAGGAGCCUGAAUUGAUGGCAAUGCGGAAGGUCCAAAAGAUUCGGAUGCCUUUGGUGUUGCACAAGAUGAAGGAUAUCAAGCAUGUCUAUGGUGUGGGGGCGCUGUACAGGGGAGUUGAUGUCAAUAUUCUCCAUAGUUGCGCCAAGGUUAUUCUGAGGUAUCCUGUUGCGGGUCGUGAAGUCAGUCAGCAAAAGAAGACGGCGUACAGAUACGCGGUAGAGUUCAUUACCUAUCCGUUGUUGUUGGCAACAGCUCGUAUCGCUGUAUACGGCCAGGAUCCCAUCUUGGACUGUGGGUUACAGCAGUGCCUCAAGGAGACCGUUGAGUAUGACGGCGUUGGCGGCCUCUGGUCCGGUGUUAUCCCCUACAUAAUAUCCCUAUCAUAUGAAGAGUUUUCUCAAUGGGUUAUGUCCUGUCUGCAAUCGCGUCAUCCUCACCUAGACAAAACGGACGAACUAGUGAUGCGGGCCUGUCUCGUUGGGCAUGGUGCUGUUCUAACCACACCCUUCUUGAGCGUGUCCACUAUACUGAGAUGCCAGAGUGCCAACCCCAAUCUCCCUGAUCCACAGCCGUUAAUGGACAUCAUAUCCAAUUUACCGUGGAAAUCGACGAUGAUUCAGCUGUCGCUGAUCUCAGCUCUGUGUGCCCUCAACUAUGCUUUCCUUACUCGCGGUGCCUCUGGUACGUGGGGUGUUCUCGCCCCUGGUAAGAGAUGA